CAGGACGAGAUGAUCACUAAGGAUACACGAAUUGGUGACGACUUUGUGGGCUACGUAGCCGUGAUGGAGAGGGACCUUCCAGACCGAGUACUCUGGGGAUCAAAGAACCGAAGACGAGACGAGAUAUGCAACACAAAGUGUAUCCAGGCUCUCCGCCUUCCACAAAUCCCAGGAGAUUGGGAUGCUACUGGAACACCUCCGUCGCCGGGAGGGGGAUUUAAUGAUCUGAGAGGCAGAUGGGUGCCAGACUGGGAGGAGAGUUGA